AUGGCUGUUAAAGAUACUUCAAGUUAUGUGAUUAAUGCCAUUACUGAUUCUUUCAAUUCUGUAUUAUUCUCCACCUCAAUUCCGUCUCCUGUUAUUGAAUCAUUGAUUUUACUUACGUUAUAUACCUUUAUCAUUGUCCUGUCGGUGUAUGCUACCAUUCAUAAACCUUCAUAUAUUGAAUUUGCAGAAACUCGAUUUGAUGAUGAUACUGUAACAUCUCAAGAUGAUGUUAUAGCUAGUACAUUACGGGGACGGAGUUCUUUUGAGAUAUUCAUGAUAAUUUGUGGAUCAAUAAUUUCUGUUGGUCUAAUGGUUUAUAUUGUGGUCAAUACAUACGAACCAAUUGUAUUUUAUAAGUCUUUAGAGGUAAUAUUCAUAUUAGGAUUACGGAUUUUAAAUGUUCAAGAUUUAACUUGGACUCGAUAUAGAUUGAUAGUACUGAAUCGUCCAAGCAUAACCAUAACGAGAAUAGAUCCUAAUGUUGCAGACCCAAAUCCCUUUGGACUAGACUUUGAUAUUCGUUGGUUAGAUCUAUUACCUACUACAUUAUUAGUCUAUUAUUUAUCAAAGUAUUUUUCCUAUAAUUGGAUUAUAGGAAAUCUUAUAACUACCUUACAUAUCAUAUAUGCCUUCCAUAAUGCAUUCAAAUUCCGUGCCACGAAGUUUAUACCUCCAUUAUAUCAAUUUAAAUAUAUUUUCGGUAUUUAUGGAGUUUUUAUAUUAUCGAUGAUAUAUAAACGGACUUUCUUCAUUCCAACCUUGAAUUUACCAAGCACUGCAGCUUCAUUAAAGAUUCUAAUUCCAAUAUCUGACACUCAUAAAGUGAUGGAUCCAACAAGGUCUAAAUACGCAUAUACUUUUCGUGAAGCGGCGAAUUUAAAAGGACCCAUUUUAUUAAUUUCAUUAUGUUUGAAGUUUGAUAUGUAUAAUUAUUAUAAGAAUCAACCUGCUGAUAUUAAAUUUUCAAAAUUGUAUGUGUUGUUUAAGAUGAAGAAGGUUUAUUCUAGUAUAGUUAUGAUUUCAUUCUUAGGUGGAAAUUUGUAUAUGUUUAACAAAUGGUAUUAUAAUCCGAUUUUAGAAAUUGGACUUUGUGGGGUUAUUCAUGCGAUUGCAUUGAUUCGAGGUGAAUUAUACGAAUUAUGGAAAUUCAAUGAUGAUGUGGUUCCAGUUAGGUUAAGUGAUGUUAAAGAGGAUGUUAAAGAGGAUGUGGAAGAGGAUGUGGAAGAGAUUGUGGAAGAUAUUGACGUUGCCGAUGUCGAAGAGAUUUUGAAAGAGAUUAUGAUUGUUGAGGAAGAAGAUGAAAGUGAUGAUGAUGAUUACCUUAUCAAUAGUGAAGAUGAAAAACUUGAACAAGUUGAUUUACGCAUUGAUAAAGUUGAAUUUAAACGGUAUCAAACUAAGGAUUAUGAUAGUGAUGAUGAUAGAGAAUUGAAUAUGUAUCGAAAGAGAGUUGUAAUAUAUGUAUUUGAAGAAGGAGAUGAUGAAGAAGAUGAAAAAGAUGAUACUUAUGAGGCAGAACCGUUAGAUGAAGAAGAUGAUGAAUUAAGUGAUGAAUCCGAUUAUUUUGAUGAAGAUUUACGAAUUUUAAGAGAAGAUCUUAAGAAAGAUCCUGUCGAAUGGUAUGGCGACGAUGAAUAA